AUGGCGGGCAUGACGCCUCUGCUGCGGGCGCUGCAGGCCCGUAACGAGGCGACGGCCACGCUGCUGCUGGACGCGCCGAGCCGCCACAAGCGGGCCGCCGACCGCGUGGGCAUGACGGCGCUGCACUGGGCGGCGCGCGCCGGCCUGCCGCGGCUGCUGAAGCGCCUGCUGGAGGAGGGCGGGUCGGCGUGGGCGCCCGACCACAAGGGCCGCGACGCGCUCAUGCUGGCGCUGCUCAGCGACGACGAGGAGACGGUGGCCGCCGUGCUCGGCCACGACGGCUUCUGCCAGCGCGCCGACAACUUCGGCAAGACGGCGCUGCACCUGGCUGCGACGCGCGGCCACGCCGCCAUCGCGCUCAACCUGCUGCAGCACGGCGCCGACGCCGACGUCAGGGACUUCCUGGGCUGGACCCCGCUGGCGUGCGCGGUCUACUACAAGGCGGACGCCGUCGUGGACAUCCUGCGCUGCUACUCGGCCGAGGAGGAGCCGGUGCACCACAUGGAGUAG